CUACUUGAAACUCAAGCAUCGUCAACAAUCACCAUUGUACAUAAUCCCUUCUUCUCUCUACCUAUAUAGUACCUACCAUCCGUGUAUAUUACAUAUUACAUACCUCAAAUUGAUUUUGCAAUAUUACCGAAAUGCGUCUCAACUUCAGCGAACCCAAUACUCCCACCCUUAGCCGUCAAAACACCACCAGCUACGACCGCCACCACACGCGACGCGGGACGCAUCCUCACCUGCUUUCAAGCAGACACAAACCCAGACGAUGGCCUCUGGUCUUCCGCUUCGUCAAAGGCGCCAUUCACGGCGCGAUCCUCCUCCCCGUCGCGCUGCAUGCUCUCUUCUCCGCGUUGGUGGUUUACCUAGACGAAUAUGUAUUUGAUACAGUGGGCUUGCCGACCAGCAUUAUACCCUCGUUGUCGAUUGUCGUCGGUUUGAUGCUCGUCUUCCGCAACCAAACCUCCUACAACCGCUUCUGGGACGGACGUAAUGGGAUGACAACGCUGCAGACCUGUGUGCGGAACCUGGUCCGCACAAUCGUGACAAACGGAUACAGUACAUCUGGCCCCCUGUCGGGUCUUGAAAAGGAUGAUAUCGAGCGGACGAUCCGGAUCCUCGUGGCGUUCCCCUAUGCAGUCAAGAACCAUCUACGUGCGGAAUGGGGUGCUGCGUGGGCUGUGGCGGGUAACGCCAAUGCGGGCGUCAGUAUCGGAGUAGGCGUCUUGGGUCAUGAGGUCGUCGAUACCGGCGUGGCAGUUUAUAACCCGGACUACGCGGGCCUGUUACCCGCCGGACUGGAGGGUCACGAAGACCAAGGACUCGGGCUGCCGUACCAGUUGACAUUUUUUGUGGAUGGGUUCAUCAAGCGGGGCGUCGAGAGGGGGUGGUUCAAUGCCCCCGGUGCCAGCCAGAUGCAGGCCCAGUUGAAUACCAUGACGGACGCUUAUGGCAAGAUGGAGACCAUCAAGAUCACCCCGAUGCCGGUGGCUCAUUUAAUCCAUCAAAAACAAGUCCUCGCGCUGUUCGGCUGCGUCCUCCCCUUCGCAAUGGUCGACGACAUGAAGUGGUGGACUAUCCCCAUUGUCUGCCUGGUCACCUUUACCCUGUACGGUAUCGAGGGGAUCGGAUCCCAGCUGGAGGAUCCCUUUGGCUACGACCGGAACGAUAUCAAGAUGGACGCCAUUGUCGGCGACGCGAAAAUGGAGAUGGAUGUGGUUCUGGACGAGUGGCGGAGGAUCAAUAGGGAGGCCUCCUCUUCUGAUACUGCCGUGUCGGGUCUAGUGGAUAAGUAUACUCCUCCCGAUCUGUUUUUGAGAAGAAGGAUGUAGUACUUCUAUCUUACCCAAGACUGGACCAGAGUCUGGCUUAGCCUCUCAAGGACUAACUAUAAGCUACAUCCUUACAAGGGACAU